GUUGGAGCAGCCUCAUUCACAAGGUCUCACCAUGGAGUUCAGAGGAGUGUGUGUGCUGCUCGGAGUACUACUACUGGCCAACUGCUCGCUUCAGCAGAGUCCACCGAAGAAGAAGCUAAUAAAAAAAGAUACAGUAAAGGAUGCUGCCAUCGAGGAGCUGCAGAAACAGAUCAACAACAUCAACCAGGAGCUCAACCUACUGAAGGAACAACAAGCUCUGCAGACAGUGUGUCUGAAAGGUGUAAAGAUCCAUAACAAGUGUUUCCUGGCUGACACUUUGAGAAAACGCUACCACACUGCCAGCGAGGACUGUAACAACCUGGGCGGCGUCCUCGGCACGCCCACGUCCAGCGAGGAGAACGACCAGCUCAGAGACUACAUCCGCCAGAGCAUCGGCCCCGACGAGCAGGUGUGGCUGGGCAUCAACGACAUGAUGACUGAGGGCACCUGGGUGGACCAGAGCAGCUUCACCAUCACAUACAAAAACUGGGACACGUCCAACCACCGGUCCCCUCAGCCGGACGGCGGCAUGUCCAGCAACUGUGCCGUCCUGUCCGGGGCCUCCCGUGGGAAAUGGUUCGAUGAGAACUGCCGUGAGGAGAAGCCCUCCGUCUGCCAGUUCAACAUCGUUUGA